AAUAAGGGAGGCUUGGAUAUGGCAUGACAUCAACUCCACAUAACAUUAAAUUUCACCUCUACUGUGCAAAAUAAAUAUAUGAGUGUCCCUACUCCAGUUGAAAACAUUAUUAAAAAUAUAAAAGUACAGCAAACCUCAUUAGCUGUGUUACCAAGAUGCUGCCCACCUGCAACUAAUGAAUGAGACACUGGGCUAACGUUACCAAUGAUGUUACUGAUAGGGAAAGAAGUAAGGGCCUUGGUACCAUCAAGUUGUCCAGGGGAUCAAGUCACAAUGGAUAGCCAAGGAGAACAUGAGCUGAACAGUCAGAGCACAUGGUUGUGGGCAUUGUCAGGAUUCCUUUUCAUGUUGUAGUUAGCCAGGCACUAUGCAUGCAUUGCUUCUUGUAAAGGUCAACUCAACCGUCAUGCAUUUUGUGCAUGGGACGUGAUGUCAAGGAAUGCAAUCCAGGCUGAAAAUGAAGCCAUGCCAGCCACUAACAUUUUUUGUUUUUUGUGCUUGGUUCUCUCCACAACAUACUGAAUCUUGCUCAACCAAUUUGCUUACAUACCAGCCUUGCGCCAUUACUGACAAUUUGCUGGAAAAGGGAUGGUGGCAGCUGUAGCCAUACCUGCCAAAUUAUAUUUUAUUUAAAAUGCUAGGUUUUUAGUGCACAUGUAAGAUUGUCAUAUUAUAAAGUAUUUUAAGAUUUUUAUUUGCAUAUAGCUGAAGGUAAAAACAACCUUAUAAAGAAAAAAGCAAGCACAGUUACUGAGUGGUCACUUAUGGCCCAAUAUGUGGAACCCAUUGAUUAUGUGGGCGUACCCAUGCAGCAGUGACAUCAACUGACAGAACCAAUGUAUAAUGGGAAAUAAACAUUUCUGCUUGUCUGUGGCCCAGAUCAUUGUUUCUACGACUAUAUAGAAUGAGUGCCUGUUCACAGCAUCCCUAGAGAACAAAGUGUGCGAAUUUCUAAUGGACGGUGAACGUAUUGAAUAAUCAAAUUAUUUCAAGUAUUUUUUGCCAAAUUUUUGUACAUUUUGCCUAUCACUGUAGUAUAUAUUGAAUUCGAAGGCUUGAAAGUCUGUGUAUUGGAGGCCUCUUUAUCGCAACACUGGCAGUUACGGUAUUAAAGGACUGACAAAUGGUGUUAUGGUUAUUACAAUGGCCAAUUGCAGUACCAUCCAGGGUGCCCAGUCUUGUAGUGCUUAAGCAACAAAUGGCAUGGAGCCUUUCUUUUUUUAAUUAUUUCGGUCUGUAAUGAAGAUUCCUAUGCUGGAAACUGACAAUUUUGCGUGAUAGUGACUCUAUGCUGGUAUGAGAAAGAAACCGCCAACAAAUGUGACCCCAGCCAUAAGAAAUAAUCUUCAUCGUAGCAAUCGUCAUGUGCUUCCGGAACUGUUGAAUUAUUUCUACGAUAAUGAAUGUGUAAUUUUUUGACUGUCCGGUCACUUCCAAGCCAAGGUGCACCAGCAGCUUGGCAGUGCCUUUAUGCAUGGAGACUGUACGGCACCAGAAAGGGCAUUUUGUAUUUCACAGUGAGACCACCACCACACUGCUACAAACCUGUGUGUGUACAAAAGGUUGCUUGCAUAUGGGAUGCCAACGUAAACUUUUGUUACAUUGUGUCAUGCAUUCAGAAGUGUGUAAAUGCAUAUAAAAUGUACAUAAAUUUUUUGAGCAAGAAAAAGCAUGGUGUACCUUGUGACAGCUAACUUGCGUACACCAAAUUGUGAUCACAAGAGGUUGCUUUGGUGUUAGUCUCAAAGUUUCACAGUAGAGUGUUGGAGCAUGCAGUUUUCAGUGCCAAUUUAAAAUGCCUCUUUGAACUGCCAACAUCCUCUUGGAUUUUAUCAAUAUAAAGCACAUUCUUUUCAUUUUCACCAUAAUCUCGGGAUGUGUUCUUGACAGUCCCUUUAAAUGGUUGAUUGUUGUGUUUAUAGUCCCUUUGAGGGGUCUUUGGUUGUGAGCAGUUAUGAGAGAGGGAGGCUGUGUUUGAUUCAAGCGAAGGUAAGGAAGGCAGACCACCUUUUGACAGUUGCAAAUUUUGUGACAUGGUGGCUAUAAAGGUUAGGUACACUCCAUAUAUGUAAGUGUCUAACUUGGGUUGUUAGUGUGAAUGGGAGGAGCCGUGCUGUAGUGGCCUUCUUUGCUAUGCUGUGCUAUGAAUGCCCUUGGCAGCAGCGCUGUUUCUAAAGACUUGCCGUCUUUUUUCUGUCUUCCUGGUGAGUCUUUGCAGGUGUUGCCUUCAGCUGCUGCGCGCCUCCACUUUUUGAAGGCACCCCAUCAUGCCUGAGUCGGACACCUUAGCUUUGACACCCUCCCCUCACCCACUUCCCUAGUAUAUAUCUUGUAGAUGAAGGAUACAAUGUCCUGGUCAAUAGUGUGUACCAUUUCUUAGCAUGACCACGUAUGCAAGUUGUGAAGCUCAUUGAGGUCAUUGGCACUGAUAAAAGCAGACAUGCAAGUUAGCAUUUCUUUACUUACAUGUUGUCUACUGCCAGUCUUGUGUUUAGUGCUUGGAGGGAGUAAAUGUUGUCACGCUAUUCCUUUGGCAGGGUGUUUUGCCCUCAUUCUUGUUCCAUCUGUUACAUCUUGCAUAUUGGCUGACAGAAUGUGCUCUCGGGCAGACUACAGUAACUGAUAGUUGUCUGCAUGCCAGAGCUGAUAGAAAUAGCAAAGCUACGACAAUCCUUGCUUGGGUUGGUCGAAAUGAACUCGCUGCAUGUCCAGCACAUAACUUGUAUCUUUAAUGACAAACCAUUGGGCAUAAGUAAGGUGAAAAGUGCUAGGAUAUCUCACUGAAAACCUUAGCAGUUCUGCUUAUUGGGACAUGCCAGUAUAUGGGAGGAACUUGUGCUGUUUGGUGUUGUUUGGCCUCGUGUCUUGAUUGCCAUGUUUUUUCUCUUUUUUGUGUCUUUUUUACACCAUUUAGUCGAGAGAGGGCGUGCGGUGCUUCUCACGGUGUUGACACGAUGCGUUGCGAAUGUGACAAUGACUGGAGAGCUGGCGGUAAUGGCCACCUUCAGUCUGCUUUCUUCGUUCUUUCUUGUUUUUCAGAUGCUAGCAGCAGCAGCAGCAGUGGAGGAGCCAAGGAAGCGCAGCAAGAGCAGAUGGGUCCUGUGCUGGCUGGGCCAGGAGCCCUCAAGGCUGCACCGCCACUCAUUGGCUUCGGCCUCAUGAAGCUGACACCUGAGCAGCUCGAGAUGGUCACGCGUGCAAAGAAGUUUGCCAUGGAGCAGAGCAUCAAGAGUGUGCUCAUGAAGCAGACCAUCGCGCACCAGCAGCAGCAACAGAAGACGCUACAACGCCAUCAGGCGCUGGUCCUCAUGUGUCGGGUAUACGUUGGCAGCAUCAGCUUCGAGCUGAAGGAGGAUACGAUCAAGCAGGCAUUUCGCCCAUUUGGUCCCAUCAAGUCCAUCAACAUGUCCUGGGACCCAGUGACACAGAAGCACAAAGGGUUUGCCUUUGUCGAGUAUGAGCUGCCCGAGGCAGCACAGCUUGCCCUCGAGCAAAUGAAUGGCGUGCUCAUUGGAGGACGGAACAUCAAGGUUGGCCGACCCAGCAACAUGCCACAAGCAGCACCCAUCUUGGACCAGAUAAUGGAGGAGGCCAAAACCUAUAACCGCAUCUACAUUGCAUCUGUUCACCAGGACUUGACUGAAUCGGACAUUCAGAGUGUCUUUGAAGCAUUUGGCAAAAUCCGAAGCUGUAAACUGAUCCCAUCAUCUACUCCUGGGAAGCACAAAGAGUAUGGCUUUAUAGAGUAUGAAACCAAUGUAGGUGCAAAUGAAGCCAUUGCCUCAAUGAACCUGUUUGACCUAGGUGGGCAAUACCUCCGUGUUGGAAGGGCUAUCACACCACCUAAUGCUCUGACACCACCCAGUGCCCAGAGUUGCAUGCCAACUGCGGCAGCGGUGGCAGCAGCAGCGGCCACAGCAAAGAUUCAGGCUAUGGACGCAGUGGCAAACAACGCCCUGGCAUUGGGACUGUCGUCUCCAGGGGCAAUACGUUCCUCAUCAGCAGCGGCCUUGGGGCUGUCAUCUCCUGGAGUGAUUGGUUCUUCACCGGCGGCAGCCGUCAUCCCUCCUCCCGGCCUGACCAUUCCCACUUUGGUUCCCCCUGGCCUUGUCGGGCCGCCAGGUGUCCUACCACAGCCCGUGCUGGCUGCCAAUGCACCUGGCAUCAUCACUGGUGUGACUCCUAUGCCACCGACAGCCGCUCUCAUCCCUCCUCCAACCAUAGUGACCACACUACCCAUGUCGGCACCUAAGCCUGACCUGCUGAAUGCAGCAGCGGCAGCACUGGUUACAACCACGACAGCUGUUGAGACGGUGAUGAGCCAGGCCACCUUUAGCCAAACUGCUCUGAGCCAGGCGGUGCUGAGCCAGGCAGUGUUGAACCAGGCGGUGCUGAACCAGGCAGUGCUGAAGCAGGGCAAUCAGGUGCCAGCAGCUAAUGCUGCUGCUGUGCCAGGUGACACACCCAAGGAGGAUGACGAUCUGGCCAAGAAAAUUGCUGAGGAGCUCGAGCCGCAGACACUGCAGCAGCAGGAGAACAUGAUGAUCAAAGGCUCCAACGCACGGCACAUGCUCAUGAGGAAGUUGAUGCGACGGACAGAGUCAUGUGUUGUUGUGCUGCGAAACAUGGUCGGUGUGGAGGACUUGGACGAUGAGCUCGAGUCUGAGGUGACUGAUGAGUGCGGUCGAUUUGGCACGGUCAAGAGGGUCAUUAUCUAUCAAGAACGGCAGUCCGAGGAUGACAAUGCUGAAAUCGUUGUCAAGAUCUUCGUUGAGUUCUCCCAAGCACAAGAGGCAGCAAGUGCAAGGGAUGCUUUGAAUGGCCGAUUCUUUGGUGGAAGACUUGUGAAAGCAGAACUGUAUGACCAGACGCUCUAUGAGGCAAAUGACCUGUCUGGAUAAUCCAUAUAGGACAUGUACAUAUCUCUGUAUAUACACAUUUUCGAAAUAAAUGAAAACACCUUUAAA